AUGCCCGACAGAUCUCUGCAUCAAGUCCCUGAAACCGUCAGAAUUAAUGAUCGCAAGCCAGAUUUCAAUGGCUUGACUCACCAUCACUCACGAGAAGAUCUGUUUCAAGCCAAGAUCUCUCUUGUUUCACCAAAGGGUUCAUUUGCGAUAGGAUUCUAUGAAUCGAGGUCAAUUAGCGCACCCAAAAUGGAUCAAGAAUGUACUUCUCCUGCCUAUGCCUCGCCAUUCACUGAUCAACAGCAGCGUCAAGCUUGGAGACCGGAAAAUCUUACAGGAACCCGAUACGACAAAGAUCACUUGAAAUUCUCAGCUGGCAGUACAAUUGCGCCUAGGUUAGACAGUCCUCAAAUUGCAGACCCGAACUUAAGGAAUGAAACCUGCAUGAUGGCCAGCAUUCGAAGACUCACAGAGUCGCAAGCGUACUUUCUCAGAGGUGGCACAUUGCAUCUCCACGUCGAUCAAGAUACCAUGCAGACCAUGGAGAAGACAUUGGCAUGUCUUACCAAAGCGACUGCUACGCUCAAUGCCCAAGAUCCUCCAUUUGACGUCGGGUGCAUCGUCUCCAAGAAAUUUUCCUGCCGCUCACUGAAUGAUUUGGAAGCUGGUUGCCUUGAAGUUGAAGCUGAAUCAUUGUGGGUUGAGUGCAGAUCAGAAUUGGAAUUACCAGGGUAUAGAUGGCGAUUGCGUCUUUGGAUUCAAUUUCGUGCCAUUGGCCAGACGGUUGAAUGCGAGAGAUGGAGAAGUCAGUUCAACGGGAAAUUGCUGGCAACAGCAAACACAGGUGCAUACACCUCUGGAUUUCAAGACUCUCGAAAUUCACUUCUCUGUGGGAAGAGGAUAAGCCUGAGAAAUGCUUGGGCUGCUUUGAGAGUUCUUGGGAGAGUCUUGUUAGCAGCACAAAGCUAUGUGGCCGUUGCUAUGUUCUUCAAGGCCAGGGUUUUGGAGCCGCCCAACCAAAAACAACACGGGGAUUGGCCCGAGACGACGUAUCAUCAUCUGGAGAGUGAGGAUUGCACCGAGACAACGUAUUUGCAUCCGCAGAGGCGAGGCUGCCGAACUGGAAAGAACAUGGGGAUUGUGUCAAGACGAUGCAUUUUCGUCAGGACUGACUUUGGAUUGAAGCUACCUAAAUCAAACCAAGACUAUAAUUACUCUGAGACAAUGUAUCCUCAUCCAGUGAGCGAGCUGUCGAACUCCAAUCAACACCAGAAUCAUGCCGAGACGACGUAUCUUCAUCCGCUGAUUGAGGAUUACUCCAAGACGACAUAUCUUUGCCUGGAGAGCAAGUAUUCGAGCUUGAACAAAUGCAGUGAAGAGUUUGAGUAUAUGUAUCGCCUUCCGACGAGCGAGGGACAGAGGUUGGUUUGCCAGAAUGCGAACCUUACGGAGUCAAUGGCAUGCUUGCAGGGUAGAUUUGAAGUGACCCAUGAAGCUCUUUCCACUGUUCUCGACUCUGAACCGAUGUCAGAUAAUUCGAGUUUGACCUUGAUUUUCGAGGCUGAAACCCUGUGGAGCCAGCAUCACACAUCAAGGAAAACGCAAGUUGGGUUAUUUUCUGUUGAUUCUGCUUGA